GUAAUAAGGAGAUCAGACGACUGCAUCGUGCGGCGCAGCGCUCAGCUAUCGAGUCAGGCAGCCUCAUCUGCACCAUCGUCCUUCUCUCGUAGUCUUGGCUGCACAACACAUCAGCAGUCUUCGCUACAGGAGUCAGAGGUUCCUUCUCUGUGUCUCAUGUUCAUUCAGCGACCAGCCAGUAAGCUCCGGUCCUAUCUUCUGCCGCGGACCUCACGCAUACACGGACAAGACUCUUCAGAAAGGGUAGUCCCGUUCCCCAUCGGCGAACUGACUUGUGGCUUAAGCCACGAUUGUGCGGCUACAAUUCACGCACUCCAUGCCAGCUCUCUAUCGACCAGUACCGGCAUUCUACACUAGCACAGACAUCGAAGAGAAGCAUCGAGGGGCACAUAAGGUCCUGGUGCAUUCUCGGAUUCUCUAUGUCGUCAUCCGUUUUGAAUGCCGCCCGACUAGCGAUGCCACAAGAAUUGAACAAUGCAAGACAUGCAUGCUAAUUCAUUCAUUUGCUCGAGGAUCUCCUCAAACCUCCCUAUCGACGCUUUUAAUACACUUCCGGGCCUACAUAUUGUGCAGGUUUGAUCCUGCCGAUCAGAUUCCAAUGCCCUGAAAGUAGGUAUGUUUCAAGAGCGUUUCAAGUCGAGAGAUCGUUGCCAUUGACCAGUGAUAAUGGUGUUCGAGGAUCUGCGACGCAAGAGACCCAUCGUAUCAGCAUCAUAUUCCCAGAGUUCAUGAGUUGCACAAUCGUCCUCGAUGGCGGAAAAUACUGCUUAUCGGUAUCGCACUUGCUUUUCUGCACCUUC